AAAUGAACCUCUCCAGAUGUCCCCAAUACUGUGAACAAGUUUCUCUAGAACAGUUUAUACCACAAAAGACGGUUUGCGUCUUAACAAAAUAAUCAUGCAGAAACGUUUUUGGUUCUGGUAUUUUUAUUUUCCAUGUGAGAGUGAACUGUGAACUGUGAACUGUGAACUGUGCGUUCUGAAACGUACUACAUCAAACUCGUCUAUAUGAAACAGUCAGAAACGGGCUGUGUGUGUUAGGGGCCCUGUCAGAGACUGGUCACGUGACUGAGGGCCCCGCUCCUGUUGUGAUGCCGCUACGCUCCCGUUGUUGUGAUGCCGCUCCGGCCCUGUUGGCGGCGCUGGUGUGGUGUUUGCCUGUCGAUCUGACGUCACCGGCGCGGUAAAAAAUGAAAAUGGCAGACGCGCGGGGUUUUGAUUUGACAGGGUUUUAGUGUAGUUUAGCUCUUUGUUCUGUUUACGUUUCAUAGACUGAUUUGUGCGACAGCCCCUCAUUGACCCACCGCGCCGUGUUUAGCGCUCCUGAGAGAACUCACAAAUUUGGAAGCUAUGAAUUCUGCGGAGACGAGGUUUGCCCACCUGUUACAGCCCAUCCGGGAACUUACUAAAAAUUGGGAUGUUGAUCUGGCCGCCCAGCUUGGAGAGUAUCUGGAAGAGCUGGACCAAAUGACCAUUUCAUUCGAUGGAGGGAAGACAAUGAUGAACUUUGCUGAAGCAGCACUGUUAAUUCAAGGCUCUACGUGCAUCUAUGGCAGAAAAGUGGAACUUCUGCAUAGUUUGGUUUUCCAGACUUUGGACUGCAUCUCGAAUAAAAACAGAAGACGUGACAAGCAAGGCUCUGAAGAUGCAAAUGGCAUCACAGAUGGCACGACUGCAAACAGUGAUAGAGAUGAUUGUGAGUUUGAUGUGAUGGAAGAAGAGCCCAGUACUCAUAACGUGGAAAUGAAGAGUGAUCCGGCUGAGCCAGUGAAGAUUUCCCGGCUGCCUCCUGAGUCUCUGAUUCCUGUAGAGGCACUUGAAAAGCAAAGAUACCCUCUCCUCAGUCUCAAGGGAGAGGUUCUUGGCAGCUGUAAGGAUUUCCGGAUCAAUAACUUCACCAUGGAUGCUUUGGGGAUCAUUUGCUUGGGACGGAAUUCCUCUUGCACUCACUUCCAAAGAGCGGCUUCAGAGGACAGGGCAGAGGUGAUGGUUGCUGUUCCUAAUGAUAAUUAUGAUGAUGUUGAUGAUAAUGGUGGCAGUGAGGAGCUCCCUCCUCUGGAAGAACAUGGCAUGGAGGUGGGGCCAGAGCCUGAGGAGCAUGUCGAAAGACACCAGGCCCCCAGUGAGAAAAGAUUGCUAAGAGAGAGGCCUCAAGUGCAGCCUGCUGCUGAGGAGCCCAAGCAGCUACAGGAGGCUGUAGAUCCUUGGAAGUGGCAUGACCCAUAUGAAAAUACAGGGGAAGAUAAACCUCUGAAAACAGGGAAGUGCUGCAACGUGCCUGCUGGCCUGGAAGAGUCAGGAAAGAGGAAGAGAAAAGGCCCCUCCAAACUGCAGGACUUCUGGGGCUGGUGCUCAAGUGUUUACGAGAACACAGACCGCAAGCUGAAGAAUGGGCCUUUGCAUCCUGAAUUCAAUUACAUCUAUCUGAGCAAGAUGAAUCAGCGGCUGAAAACACGGAAGAGGAUUCUGAGGAAAACAGGUAUAUAUAUAUCUGAUGAGGUCUUGAAAAGAACUUACUUGGAGCCAGAGAAGCAAGAGGAUCAAGAUGAGGUGGCCCGACAUCCAGACAUGGAUGCAGAGGACUACUCAGAUAAUGAAAAUGAGAACUUGUAUGAAGAUCAUGGUCCCAGAAAUGAUAUUGGUGAACAGGACCCGAUUUUCACUGACUCGCAGAUGGGCCGGAUCACUUACGAGGACCUGGUCAAAAAGAGUGUGGAACUCUUCCUAGUGAAUUCGCAGAAGUACGCUCAGGAGACUGCUCUGUCUCGCAGAGUGAAGGAAUGGGAGGAUGAAAUCAACCCAAGGCUCUCAGCUCAGGAAGACCGUCCUCCUUUUGACAUCCAUGACUACGGGGACAGGAUUGUCCAUGCACUUGGUGCUGUUGGGGUGAAGCAGUCAUUUGCAUCCCUCGUCACAGGCAUGGAGAACACAGAAGCCUGCAGAUACAUGCUGGCUUCUCUUCAGCUGGCCAAUGACUACACAGUGGAGAUUGACAAGAAAGCUGGGCUUGAGGAGAGCAUUGAUACCAUGGAGCUGACGUUACUGAGCAAACAGAGGGCACAUGAACGUCUCAAGACAUACACCACCACCUCAGACCAUGACCUCCCUUGA